AUGGCUUCGGAGCCUGGGCUGUCCUUGUUGGAGGACACAAUGCACCACAGAUUUUUAUUUCACCAAACAGACAGACUCCAGAGGUUUGUGGUCUUCCCGAUAGCAGCUGGCGCUGGGCAGAGGCACAGCCUUGGGCCGGAGCUGCUGGCCACCACUCUACCCUUGGCUGUGCGUCCCAGGCAGCUGGGCAGCACCACAGCCCGAGCUUCCCAUUCGGAGCAGACGCUACUCCCUUCUGGAAAGGCCACGGGAGCUCACGAGGGCUGCUCCACAGUACAUUUGGGCCCCCAGCGUCCAGCCUCCUGCUCCCCGCUGGCGCUGAUGGAGAGGAGGGGGCGGGGGACGCCCAGCAGCACAUGGAGCCCCUGGUGGCAGCCGGGCUGUCUCUUUAAGCGCUCCGGAGGAGCCCGGGCGGGAGGGCUGCGAACGCGUUUCCAUGGCACCGAGGCUGCUGGGGCUGUGGGGGCUGCGGGCCGCCGGGCUCGCUCAGUUCCAGUCGCUCCCGGCCGUGCAGGGGCGCGCACCUCGGUGGCUCCGGUGCCUCGGCUCCGCCGUCGCUCCUCCCGCUCUCCCAGUAGCCGACACCGCCCAGGGGGCCGAGCUGCUACCACGCCCUUCGCGAGGAGACCCAGCGAGGACACCACCUCACCAGUCUCGGGAGCCCCGCUCACCAACUUCUGCCCGGCGAGCCCAACUUCUGCGGCGGGCUCGGACUUGCGGAGCGGGGAUGGCACGCGGCGCGCAGCCCUGGUGGCGGCUGGAGCAGCUCCGCCCCGCCGAGAUGACCUCCAGACUGUGGCUCUGGUGCUUCUGCGCCUGGGUGGCCGCAGGCUGGCCUCGGGGCAGAGCCGUACAGCUCCGGCCAGACAUCAAAGGGAAGAAAAGCAGCCCAGACGGGAGAUGGCUCACUGCUCCUUGGAGGGUGGCGAGGGCCACUCGAUAGGGAACGACUAUGUACCCAGGGCGCCCAUGGACUUCACGACAGGUACUGUCUAUGGAAAGAGCAGGCCAAAUGUUUGUGAGGAGCAGCAGCUGACCGCGGUGGGACAGCCACAGCCGAGUGUCCGUGCGUUCACACACCUCGUCUCGCGCUGGGAGCAGGGCUGCGCGCCCCCGGGAUGGUGUGUGGGCUACGAGAGAAGGACCCGGUACUAUACCAUGUACCGACAGGCAUACAGCAUGGAGCAGCGGACCGUCUACAGGUGCUGCCCUGGUUGGCGCCGGCAGGACGCUGAACCUGGCUGCCAGCACUCCAUCUCUGCAGCAGGGACUUGUUUCAAUGGAAGGCGAUGCUCAGACAGCGAAGCCCAGCCGUGCCAGUGUUCCGAGGGUUUUCAGGGACCCCGCUGUCAAUAUGAUAUAAAUGAGUGUGCCGUCGACAAUGGUGGCUGCCAGGACCAGUGCUGUAAUACAAUUGGCAGUUAUUACUGCAGGUGUCAAGCUGGCCGGAAGCUGGGGGAAGAUGGCCGAGGAUGUGAAGAUAUCGACGAAUGCGCGGUGGUGAAUGGAGGCUGCCAGCAGCGCUGUAUUAACACUCCGGGCACCUUCCACUGCGAGUGUGACACAGGAUACAGGCUCCAUGCUGAUGCACGCACCUGCAUAAAGAUGGACCCCUGCACAGGUGGGAAUGGAUGUGCCCACAUCUGUCAGAGUGAGAACGGAAUGGCCAGGUGUGCCUGUCACCCAGGCUAUCAGCUGUCUGAAGACAAUAAAGCCUGCAGAGACAUCAACGAAUGUGCCGAAGGGCUUGCUCGCUGCGGCCACCGCUGUGUGAACUCCGUGGGAUCGUUCGCUUGUGCCUGCCACCCCGGCUCUGAGCUGGGAGCUGAUGAACGGUGUUACAGGAUUGAAUUGGAAAUUGUCAAUAGCUGUGAAAAGAACAAUGGUGGUUGUUCUCAUCACUGUGAGCAUGCACUCGGUGGGCCCCGUUGUUCCUGUAACCAUGGACACCGGCUGGAUGCAGAUGGGAAAACAUGCAUAGACCUCGACGAAUGUGCGAGUGGAGAAUCCUGCUGUGCCCAGCUCUGCAUCAGCUCUCUGGGAGGCUACGAAUGCCGCUGCCAGGAAGGCUUUCGGAUCCGCUCAGGUGGCUGUGGGUGCGAGGUGCCUAAAACGGGCAUUGUUUACAUGUUCCUAGAUGUGGACGAGUGUCUGGCUAUCAGCACAGCCUGUGACCAAGUAUGCAUGAACUCUGUGGGAACGUACACUGUGCUUGUGAAGAAGGCUACAGAACGGGAAGUGAUGGGAAAACGUGCAUCUCAUGUUGAAUCCAGGCAUUUUUCCUGUGUGGUCUUAGCUUUAGAUGAUGAGCUAGAGGAAGGAGAGGAAUUGGAAGUGAGGUUCGCCAGCCCCCCUCGGCUGCUUCAUUACACAGCUUCCUCCCUGCUUCCCACCCACCAAGAUGAAGCAGAUGAGGGCGAAGUGCGAGGAGAGACGCGAGGAGAACUGGCUGCUUUGCCCAAAGCUGUCUGUUUGGGUCACACCUUCAGACACAAUCGCAGUCUAAGCUGUGAGGACUGCGUGAAGGGAGGCCAGUGCCGGGGAGGAAAGGGUGGGUGCUCCUGCCCCGCCAGCUGGGGGGGCGUCCUUUGUCAUGAAACUUGUGCCCCCGAGACCAGCGGGAACGAGUGUGGAAGCAUCUGUGAUUGUCAGAACGGAGGCACCUGUGAUCCUCGGACUGGGCGGUGCCAGUGCCCCCCAGGGGUGCAUGGGAAAACCUGUGAACAUGGAUGCCCAACAGGACUCUUUGGGAAGAACUGCAAGAGGAAAUGUAACUGCGCCAACCAUGGCCAUUGCCACAGGGUGUACGGGGCCUGUGUGUGUGAGCCAGGGCGCUACGGGAGAUUUUGUCCUCUGAUGUUGACCUUAAUUACUGAGAGAGGAUUGUUAAUAGCUCAUUCAGAAGGAGACUUGACACUUUGUGGACCUUGA